AUGAAAGGGAUAUUUGACCUGCCUCCCACGCUUCGCACUCCACAACGCACAAGUGUUUUACUCCCCGCCACGCCACGCCAACCCGAUAUCCCCCCCACAGGAUUACCUUCCGACGUCACGCAUACCCACGCAGCACGCACCCCUGGAAUUCGCCAGUCCUUCUCGACUGCAAUGGCCUCACGCCAAACUUUCAGAAGCUACGUUUCCCCUGUGCAUCGCACGCAUGCGCGCCGUGCCGUCAACACAAAUUUGAGUAGUUCCUACCGAAUGUGUGCGGAAUGCCCCGACGGUCAAACGAACGAUUCGCGCCUCCGCCUGUGA